GAAGAACCCGUAGAAGUUUUAACAGAUAUUGUUAGCGAUACUAACACUUCAAAGCCCAACUGGACUUACCAGAAAAAAAGUAAAAGCGGGAGAUAUAUUACUUAUUACGGCACAGAUUAUGAUCCCAUGACAUCCGACACUGCCCCUCCUGAUAGUGACCAACGAGGAGGUAUUCCAUAUACCAUAACUGAAACAAGGCUAGCAGAAAUCCGAAAACAUUUCAUGUACCCAUUUUUCGACAAAGGCGGCAAUGCUGACAAUGAAGGAGAUUAUCAGAAAGAGAUCCAGUCUUCGACGCCUCAAGUCCACAAGAAUUUAAACUUCCAACUGCCAUUUUUCGGUUUUAGAUAUAAUUACACCAGAGUUUCUAUUAACGGUUAUUUGGAAUUCAGUGACCCUCCACCAAAUUUUGAUUAUCCAUUAGUUUUUCCUGUCAAAGAAUGGCCCAAGAAAAAUGAUCCUUCAUUUAUUGGUAUUUUCUUCAGUAAAUGUAAGAUCGGAAACCUUCGUGAUGGUGACAUUGAUCAAAGAAAACCAGGUGUUUACUUCAGAUUAGAACGAGAUCUUCGAGUAAGACAAGACAGAAUGGGAGUAGAAUUACGGGAAAGAUUAAAGUGGGAUAUAAGAGAAGGAGUAAUUGGUUCCCAUACAUUUGAUCCCAAACAUGCAAUUUUUAUAACCUGGAAGAACAUUUCGUUCAACGGAGGAUACGCCAACGCUGUAUAUCAAACCAACACCUUUCAAAUGGUCCUUGCCACCGAUGAAGUCUUCACUUAUGCCAUUUUUAACUAUCUCAACUUAGAUUGGACUAGUCACACUGAAGCUGGAGGUGAUACAAGAAAAGGAGAAGGUGGUGUACCAGCUUACGUUGGUUUUAAUGCUGGCAAUGGAACACGCAGUUUUGAAUAUUUACCAUACAGUCAAGCAUCUGUUAUUAGAGAUUUAACAGCUACUGGUUGGGGAAACAACUUCCAGGGAAGACAUAUUUUCCGUAUAGAUGAGAAUAUCUUACUAGGUUCUUGUAAUAAAGAUAUUGACGGUGCAAAUCUACCUCUACAGUUCGCACCUGAGAGCGGUAACAUGCUGGGAGGAACCGUUGUGAAUAUAACAGGUCCCUGUUUCAAUCUUAACGACAGAAUUAGAUGUAAAUUUGAUGUUUCCGACGAAGUUGUUGGACAUGUCGUUGACAGAAAUAGAGCUAUUUGUGUGCAGCCUCUAUUAUACUCUGAAGGAUGGGUUAAUCUACAAAUUGCUGUUAACUCAGAAGCUUUCAAGUGGAAAGGAAAAUAUUAUGUUGAAUCACCAUCUAGUGCAACUCAAAAAAUUUUCUUCAAAGACAUGAAAUACCAUGAAAAAUCUCCGAGCGAAAUUAGAAUCACUUGGGAAAGACAAAAUUUGACUAGUAACGAUAAUGCAAAUAUUCGGAUUUCUUUAUGGGGUUACAGAGAAACUACAAUGAGACCGACGUUUGUUUACAUCGGAGAAAUCGCUGAAAAUAUUCAAAACACUGGAGAAUACACAAUAGUUCCUUCUCAGUACAGAACAAGGGCUAAUCAAUUUUUGACUGAUAUUAAGUUUGGUUUUCUACAAAUUAAUUUGACUGAAUCCAUAAAGGUCAAUACAUACACAACUUCCAACCAAAAUAUAGAUAUCACUCCAGUGGUUUGGAGUCGACCAAUUCCCUUGGGUUGGUACUUCGGAUUUCAAUGGGAAAAUUUGUAUGGUAGAAAUUGGCCCAAAUAUCUCUGCGACGAAUGGUUAAGAACAGACAGGUACCUUAAAAAUUUCGCUCAUGAACUUCCUCAGUGUCCUUGUACAGUACAACAGGCUUUAGCAGAUAAAGGAAGAUAUAUGCCAGAUUUCGAUUGCGAUAAGGAUUCAAAUCCCAUAUGUUAUUACAAUAAUCAAGCUCUACAUUGUGUCAAAACUGGAUCUCCAACAUUGGAAGGCUCAGAACAACAAUGUUGCUACGACAAAAACGGAUACCUUAUGUUAUCUUACGACCAACAGUGGGGAUCCAGUCCUCGCCGUUGUCAUAAUCUUGGUAAAAUGCCUUAUAACGAAGCUACGAAAGUCCCAACUCUAUCCCAAUGGUUUAACGACGUAGUUCCCAAAUAUCUUUGCUGUUUAUGGCAAGAAGAACAAGCAGUAGGUUGCGAAACUUUAAGAUUUGAAAGAAGACCAACGCAAGAUUGUGUGGCCUAUCAAGCACCGGGCAUAGCUGGAGUUUAUGGUGACCCACAUGUCGUUACUUUCGAUGACGUAGAGUAUACUUUUAAUGGCAAAGGAGAAUUUUCUUUGGUAAAAUCAGUUACUAAAUUAGAUAAUUUAGAAGUACAAGGUAGAUUUGAACAAAUGGACCCUAAUGCUUACGGUGAAGUCAGAGCUACACAGUUGACAUCAAUUGUUGCUAAAGGAAACAACACUAUCUCUGUGGAGAUUAGAAGAAGGCCUUUGGAUUCUAGGUGGAGAUACCGAUUGGAUGUAAUAGCUGAUAAUAGAAGGUUAUAUUUUGACAGGCCUUCCUUGAAGUUCCAACAUUUUCAAGGUGUAACUAUUUAUACCCCAACUUAUAUACUGAAUCAGUCUGAAGUGUUGAUUAUGUUUGAUAACGGAGCCGGUGUUGAAGUAUUAGAUAAUCAAGGUUACAUGAGUGCAAGAGUCUUUUUACCAUGGUCAUUUAUAAACAAAACAGUUGGUUUAUUUGGAAACUGGAGUUUCAACAAAGAAGAUGACUUUGCUUUACCAGACGGCACUAAGGCUGCUGUAGUAAGUAAUAUUAACGAUAUGGAAAGAGUGUACAAUGACUUCGGUUCAAAAUGGAUGUUGGAUGACGUAUUAGAUCCACAAAAAGGACGCGCAUUGUUCUAUAGAGAGUUCGGACGAAGUUCUUCUACAUAUAAUAAUAAAACUUUCAAACCACAGUUUUUAAUGAUGCCGGAAGACAUUAUACCUGCAAAUAGAUCAGUUCAGAUUGAUAGAACAUACCAAAUAUGUUCAACAAGGAUGUACGAAUGUUACUAUGAUUAUGCUAUGACGUUAAAUAGAGAUGUAGCGCACUUUACGCAAAAUUAUAAAUCAACAAUUUAUCAACUAAAGGAUAUUGCCCGUACUAAAGUGCCAUCUUGCGGAGUUUUGGAAACACCAAGAUUUGGCCGGAAGAGUACCUUCUUGUUUGUGCCUGGUACCAAAGUAACAUAUGAAUGUAUUCAAGAUUUUGUAUUGGUAGGAGAUCAGAGAAGAGAAUGUACUGCUGAGGGUACUUGGAAUACACCGGAUUAUGGAUAUACAUACUGUUUACGUCAACAAGAAUAUUCUUCCCGCCAAGCCGCUAUUACUUCUGGUAUCGUUCUCGCAGUUCUCAUACCACUUAUACUUUUAAUCGCUUAUCUAGGGUACAAAGUCUAUAAAAAAGUAUUCAAUAAAGACUCAAGUUCUUGGCAAUACCAAAAACCCCCUCAAAACUCUCAAACUUUCCGUAGAUCUCUAGUUCCUUACAGAGACGAAGAAUAUGAAGAAAAAAGUCCUAUACCAAGUCCUAGUGAGAGCGAUACUAUUCCCAAAAAGAGAAGAAGCUACGAAAAGUCUUAUCGUACUCAUGAACCUUUAACUGACAGACCUUAUAUAGGUUUUGAAGACAAGCCCUUAGACCCGAAUGAUCCUACCUAUGAUGAUAUCGAUAGGGCUUCUAGAACACCUUCUAGUCCCACAAGUCCUACUUCUAGCAUUCAAUAUACAACUCCUUAUAAUCCAAGGCCGGAUAUUAUUCAGGGCAAUAGCACCAAAAAUUUGAAUUAUACUGAAAAUGAUUAUUCACUGCCUAUUAAAAAACCUAAAAACAGGUUUAGUCAGAGUCAAAGUAGCAUUGUUACAGAUGUCUAGGGCACUUUUAAUUUAAUGGGGUUUGAAGUACUAAAUAUUAAAAGUAAUUGAAUGAUUUUUGGGUAUUUAAUUUAGCCCUUAUUCUUAAAAAUAUUUAUUAUAUUCGCAGUAAAAAGACUUUUUAACCAUUACCUACUAUUUGGUUUAAAAAUUAUUUUAGUCUACUUUUGCAUUUUUAUAAUUAUUAUGAUUUAAUAUAUUAAGUUAAAAAAUGAGCACCAAAAAAGUUUGCAUUUUAUAUACAUAGUAAGUGCGGAAAAUGAUUUGAUGUCCUAUAUGUAACUUUCAAUCUAUGAAGUAAAAAAGAAAGAAAAAUAAUACCUACGAUACAUUACGUUUUCAAAUAAUCAAUAUAUGUAAAUGCGAGGUGUAAACGAACAAUCUUGACAAACUAAGCUUCACAAUAAUUAUGAAUUGAAUCGCUUACUAUGGUGACUACAUAACAUAGAGAUUUGAAAAACAUGCAAAUAUGAAGACAAGACAGACCUAAAUAUUUUCUUGUGAUCGUAGAUAGAUACCUCGAACGACUUCUGCAAAUUCGCGGCCAUGUUUGUCUCGUGUGUAAUAAGUGUGGGUUCGGCAAAGGUACAUUUCAAGUAGCAGUUUAGCUCCACACCCUACACAAUUUAAGUUUUUAAGAGAGAAGAACAAGUCAUAUUCAAUUUAAGCAGCCCGAAGACCCUGAAGGUUGUCCCAUUACAAUUUUUAAAAAACAUCUUGAUAUUGGUUAGUUGGAGUACCAUCGUUUAAGUCACUCUGCUCUUUUCCCCCAAUUUCCUGCAAACCACAAGGUGAAUAGAAUAACACAAUGUUCUUCAUUGGAACAGAAAUAUUCUAUGAAUAAAUAGGUUGUGUUAUUUUCUAUUCGAAAAAGUUGUCAACUGGUUCUUAUUCCUUCAUUAUAUUUGAACGGUAAAAUUGACUUGUUUUCAGUAUCUAACCAUUGUUUUGUCCAGUACUUUGUUUUCUUUUGAUUAAAGUUAUACUUACCUAUUCUUUAGUGUCUUGAUUGAGCCAUAAUAUCUCUAGAAAGCAAUAAAACUAACUGAUAAAUUGGAAUGUGGUGUAAUCUGCCGAUGGUUCCCUGCAGAUUAUACCCUGCGAAUUUUUGUGUAUGACGAUUUAGCCAAAGUGGCGUAGCGUAUAGGGAGCCAGGAUGGGCGACGGCCCCACCCGCGUUUUGCAUUUAGAGCACCUUUGGCGCCCCCCAGAGGUUUGGACGCCCCAAAAAAGUUUGGCUCCCUCCGCCCUUUGGCCCACGCUACGCCACUGUUUAGCCAUUACUUACAUCAUUCGCCUCGUACUGUAUGCUUUAACAUGUAGGCUCUAUAGAUAUCCAAAAAUCAGUUCAAUUACAAUGAUGACAUCUUAUUUUUGCCGGAAUAAACCGAAAUUGUUAUUUUUAUAACAACUUGAGCAAGACAGAAUGAACAAUACCAAAUUUUUAUAUGAGUUUUGAUAAAAAGAGUGAUCAUAGUCAGCCAAGAUCGUCGAUAAUUUGGAAUACCUACCUAAGUUGAACAAUUUCUUUUAAGAUCAACAAAAUACAUUAUACUCUAAAAUCUAUUGUAAGCAAGAAUAAUAAUUAUCGACGACCCUGUCUCUAGCAUGUGGACUGAUGAGCCAAAUAUUUUUUUGUAAUUUAUUUGUAUACUUAUUGAUCAAACGUUUAGAUUUUACAGUAUUAAUUUGAAAUAAAUUAGAUUAAUUAUUAUACAGUAUUAAUUUUAAAUUGUUACAGAGUUAAAUAAAGUUUAGUAACUC